AUGACUAAUAUUAAAACAAUUUAAUAUGAUAUAUAUUAUUUCGAAAUUCAUUCAAAAAUAUAAAAUUACUCUACAUUUGAUGUUUUAUAAUUUCUAAGAAAUCUAAAUGAGUAAGACUAAAUAAAUGAAAUUGAAAAGGAUGUGGAAAAAUUAUUGAAUGAAGAAAGGUGCUUUUAAAAAUUCUGUCAGAUUGCAAAGGGCAUUGUUAAUAUAAAACAAGAUCGAGCGGUAUUUCAAGCUUUAAAAGAAGAGGGCUGUAUGUUGAUCAGCUCUCAGACAAAGGACUAAAUGAAGACUACAUCUAAGAACUAUUCAAUUCAACUUAAGGAGGAAAUUAUAAGCAUUUGA